AUGGCCUUCACAGAGGAUAGCCUCAAGGCGAAACUCUCGUCCCUCAAUGAGACCCAGGAUGCUAUCUCUACUGUUGGCCAAUGGAUCUUGUUCCACAGACGACAUGCCGAGCGAAUCGCCCAAGUAUGGCUCCAACGUAUGAAAGACUCAUCACCAAAUAAGAAAUUGGUCUUGAUCUACCUUGCCAAUGAGAUUACGCAAACCUCCAAGAUGCGUAAGAAGGAAGAGUUUCUUCGGGCCUAUGAGCCCAUAAUUGCUGAAGCAACGGCUAUAGCCUAUCGAGGCUCCCCUGUCGAGACACAAAACAAGAUUAGAAGAGUUGUGGAAGUCUGGCGACAGCGACAAGUGUUCGCUCUCAACAUCCAGACAGACAUCGAGAAGCAGAUUGAUGAACUCGACCGUUCGAAAUCGACACGCAAGCCUGCACUAGGAGGCUCUCUUUUCUCCGCUUCCUCAAUUCCCCCUGAGCUCGCAUCCGUCGCUCCUCUCGCAACAACACUACAAAAGGCCGAGCUGGCCACAAAGCCAGCAGUCAGCACAGCAAACCAGGAGUACGAGAAGCUCACCGAUCCAAACGCAACGGUUUUGUCCCCACCCAUGCACGCGGCCGGAUUGGCAGCAUUAUGUAGGAAACUCGCUGUAGCCGAAGGCGCAGUAGCAGAGAGCAUCAAGGCCCGACAAGCCCUCAUCUCAGGACUCGAGAAACUCCUUGAAACAAACAAAUCCAAACUCGAGCAAGAUGAAGCGCAACUAUCCGAUCUCAAGACUCGAAAAGACGCCAUCGAUAGUCGUAAACGCGAAGUUGAAGCCGCCAUCCUCAAGGGGCUCUCCGCAGCGGAAACCAACAAAAUCUCCGCUGCCCCCCUCCCCGUCGCCACAACUUCGCCCGUGUCCCAGUCACGCCCCCAAGUCGAAGAACUCACCCCACCUCCCAUGGAGUCCUUCACCCCCGUCGGCUCGCCCCGACAAGCCGCAGCACCCACUCACGAACCUGUCCCAGACAUCGGCAAUGAUGUAAUGCCAGAGCCUGUCUCCCACCCCGUGGUGCCUCAAAAUGUACCGGCGCCGGACCAACACACCACGCAGCCCGAGUAUGCGACCACAAUCGGCGAGCCUAAUCAACACGUAGCAGAGGAUCUGCUACGUAGCCUGCAGCAGGUGCCGCUGGCUGCGAAUGGAGGUGUACAAGGGCAACAGGUGGCAUUCCAAAAUACAUACAAGAAGCGCAAGAUGAGUCGCAGUGCGGCUGAGGAUGAGUUUGCGGCGUUUGCGGGCGACGGCGAGAUGAAGGCUGCGGAGGAUGAUCUUGGUGAUUUGAUUUGA